AUGGAGUUCGAGCAACGCAUCAAAGCAUACCGUUUUGUGGCCUAUUCGGCUGUCGCCUUCUCGGUUGUUGCCGUUCUUUCGGUAUGCAUCACUCUUCCAAUGGUGCACAACUAUGUUCACCAUGUCAAGAGAACCAUGAACCAGGAGGUUCAAUUCUGCCGUGGAUCCGCCAAGGACAUCUGGUCUGAGGUCAACCAACUCAAGAGCAUUCAACAUGCCAACAGAACCGCCCGUCAAGCUGGAUACGAUGCUGGAGUGAACGGAGGAUCCGCCUCUGCUGGAGGAUGUGAUGCUUGCUGCCUGCCAGGAGCUGCUGGACCAGCAGGAACUCCAGGAAAGCCAGGACGUCCAGGAAAGCCAGGAGCACCAGGACUCCCAGGAAACCCAGGACGCCCACCACAGCAACCAUGUGACCCAGUCACCCCACCACCAUGCCAACCAUGCCCACAAGGACCACCAGGACCACCAGGACCACCAGGACCAGCUGGAGAUGCUGGAAGCAACGGAAACCCAGGAUCCCCAGGACAAGAUGGACAACCAGGAGCCCCAGGAAACAAGGGACCAUCUGGACCAAACGGAAACCCAGGAGCUCCAGGAGCCCCAGGACAGCCAGGACAAGAUGCUCCAUCCGAGCCAAUCACUCCAGGAGCACCAGGACCACAAGGAGCCCCAGGACCACAAGGACCACCAGGAGCCCCAGGACAACCAGGACACGAUGGACAACCAGGAGCUCCAGGACCAAAGGGACCAAAUGGAAAUCCAGGACAACCAGGAGCCGAUGGAAACCCAGGAGCCCCAGGACAAUCUGGAACUCCAGGAGGUGCCGGAGAGAAGGGAAUCUGUCCAAAGUACUGCGCUAUCGAUGGAGGAGUCUUCUUCGAGGACGGAACUCGUCGUUAA